CGGUCUGUCUUUACAGUCCUCCUGCUUUCACCAAAGGUAAGGUACCUUAAGGUACCCAUAUAGGAGCGUGUGUACCGUUGACUUGGGUCUUCAAGCAACACGUACUCCGUACCUUACUUGAGGAAUACGAGUGAAGGGAGUAACUUGCUCUCCUCGUCAGUGACACACGACUUCCGCCGCCUUUGACUCACCUUCUCGCCUCGUCCACAUGUUGUCCAAUCUUUCUCUCCUCCCUUACCUUACCGUAGGUUAAUAACAGCACCAGCAACAACAGCAGAAAUUCACCAUGUCGUCGUCCACGAAACUUACCGGCCAGGCCCUCCUCUCUCAUACCAUACAGACGACCCCAAUCAUCGACCACCAUGCUCAUCCCAUCUUACAACCAGACUCCGUCCCCCGCUAUCCCCUGCUCUCCAUUACCACCGAGGCGAAUGGGGACGCUAUUCAUGCCUCCCUCACCAGUCUCUCUCAUCUCCGCGCCGUCAAGCAGCUGGCCAAGGUCCUCCAAUGCGCCCCGACCUGGGAGUCCGUAGUGAACGCCAUUGAGCAGAGACGCCUUCAUGACUACGACCAAUGGGUCCGCCAAUGCCUGGCCGGCAUCGAGACCAUCUUGGUCGAUGACGGCCUCGUACCGAGCGACGAUGAGUACGAGCUUUACCCGUACGACUACUUUGAUGGCCUCGUCCCGACCCCGGCCACGAGGGUUUUACGCCUUGAGAAGAUCGCCGCCGACAUCAUCAACGCCCACUGUCCCGAGCAGGUCUCUGGUCGGAAGACCACCGAGGACGUGGCCAAGGCCUUCGAUGAGGUCAUCGAGGAGUUCGACAUGACCAUUCUGAGGGCCAUCUCGAAACCAGAAAUCGUCGCCUUCAAGUCCGUCAUCUGCUACCGCACGGGUCUCGCCAUAUCUCGCAAGCCCGAUGCCGCCGCUGCCAGGGCCGACUUUGACAACAUCUACCGUACCCACACCCAGGGCACCGACAAGGAAUUCACCCGGCUCGAACACCGCGGUCUCAACGAGUUUCUCGUCCACAGACUGGCUUCCAUUAUCCAGAACGCCGAGGGCCUACACAAGAAACCCAUCCAGUUCCAUACCGGCCUAGGCGAUAACGACAUUACCCUCUCGAAAGCUUCGCCCGCCCACCUGCAAGACUUCAUCCGGGAGUAUCCCACCGUCCCUAUUGUUCUCCUCCACGCGAGCUACCCUUAUACCCGUGAGGCAGGCUAUCUUGCCUCUGUCUAUGCCAACGUCUAUGCCGAUAUUGGCGAGAUCUUCCCCUGUCUGAGCCAAGAUGGCCAGGAGACCGCCCUCCGUCAAAUCCUCGAGCUCUGUCCCUGGUCCAAGAUUCUGUGGAGUACCGACGGUCACUAUUUCCCCGAGACCUACUUGUUGGCCGUUCUCCAGAUCAGGGAGGCUUUGGGAAAGGUCCUGGGUGAAUACGCUCGUAAACAUCACAUCACUUGGCACGAGGCUAGCGAGCUCGUCCGCCGUGUUCUCUUCCUCAACGCCAACCAUCUUUACAGUCUCGGCCUGCCCCUGCGGUCACUCGAUGAUUCCGGCAACCACCUCCACCUCCGAAAUACCACCGGCGCCAGCGAUCUGGAAACCCUGGAAGCCUUCCUUGAAGGGAAGCCUGAGCCGUAUUUCCUCCGCAUCUACUGGAACGACCUCACCGCCAUGCCGAGGUUGCGAGCCAUCCCCUUACAACGCGUCUUGUCCGACCUACGAGAAGACGAUAACUUCUCCGUCGGCAUCACCAAGGCGUCGCUAGGCCUUCUUCAGAACGAUGUCAUUAUCCCGGGCGUUGCGGCCACUGGGGAAUACCGUCUCCAUCCCGACUUCUCAUCCUUGGUCGUGGGACCCAGUCCCCGACACGUAACCACCUUCGGUGACUUCCGCGAGCAAGACGGUUCACACGUACCUCUGUGCCCGCGUUCGCUCUUACAGCGCCUCCUCGACCUGGCCUCUCGGCAACGUCUAACCUUCCAAGUGGGCUUUGAGAUUGAGCUCGUGCUCUUCCAGCGGGUGAGGGAGGAUGUCACGGCCCAGCAGACCUACGCCGUGAUCGACAACGACGGCCACGCCUGGUCCGUCUCCCGGAUGAUGGACCACCCACUCGUCGAGCAGGUCAUCGAGCCCGCCAUCGCAGCCCUCGCCGACCAGGGCAUUCUUGUCGAGCAGUUCCACCCGGAGAGCGCCCCUGGCCAAUUUGAGAUCGUCCUACCCAGCUAUCCGCCUCUUCAGGCCGUCGAUACCCUCAUCCAUGCCCGCAACGUCAUCUCGGGCUUCGCCAAUCAAGCAGGCGUGAGAAUGUCUCUCCACCCGAAGCCCUUCGCCACCACCUGCGGCAACGCCUCCCACGCCCACAUUUCCAUAACUUCCCCCGGAGGGGACCGUCCGGAGACGUACGAACCCUUCUACGCCGGCAUCCUGCGUCAUCUCCCGGCCGUCUGCGCCUUCACAUACAGCAACCCGGCGAGCUACGAUCGGCUCCGAGACAGCACGUGGGCCGGCGGCCGUUGGGUCGCAUGGGGUACGCAGAACCGCGAGACGCCCCUGCGCAAGGUCGAGGGGAGUCAUUGGGAGGUCAAGUGCAUCGACGGCUUGGCCAACCCUUACCUUGCUCUGUCUGCCGUCCUGGGUGCGGGCUUGCUGGGCGUACAGGACGAGGAGCGUCUCGUAUGGGGAGAUUGCGAGGUCGACCCUGCCACCCUGACGGACAACGAUCGAGCAGAACUCAACGUCGAGAGAUUGCUGCCGCCUUCCCUGGAGGUGGCACUCGGCGAGCUGGGGCGGGACGAAGAACUGGCAGCGCUGUUAGGAGAGGAGCUGGUGGAAAGAUAUGCCGCAAUCAAGGAGGCGGAGAUUAGCUUUCUCGCGACACUGUCGGCGGAAGACCGUCGACAGUGGAUCCUUGCGCGGUACUAAAAUGAUGACACACAGCUGAUGGAUAGCUAGAUUGGACACCUUUGAUCUUGGGUGGAAAAAGAGCUGAUUCUUUUUUUUUUUAUGGUAUUGGGUCACACUUAAAUUUCUGUGGCUGGUAUGGGACGGAGAAAGCUUGAAAUAUGAAAUGAGACGCCAAGGCCAAGGACAGAG